UUGUGUCUGCAGGGAGAAGGCUUGAAGGAGUGUUGGACAGUUGCUUGCUCCUGAAGAUGCUAGCAGAAGCUGGAUUUCUCUGCACAGCUUGGGAUGCUUGAGAGCUGCCACUGACGGACCAACUUUUAAACCUCUGAAACUUUCCAACAUUUCCCUUUCGGCUCUUGGGUGACCUUUUUUAUACUGUGAAACUAGAACCAAACUCUUGACUCCUGGGGUUGUGUGGUCUGUGUCGCACCAUGCCCUCCCUGUGGUUGUUCCUGCUCCCUGUGCUGAGCCUCGUUCCUCUGGCCCUGGCCGAGAAGGGCCUGGAGUUCCCACAGUACGAUGGGAAGGACCGCGUCCUAGAUAUCAAUGACAAGAACUACAAGAAAGCCUUGAAGAAAGACAGCAUGGUGUGCCUGUUCUACCACGGGCCCAUACCAGACAGCAAGGAGCAGCAGAAGCAACACCAGAUGACCGAGCUGGUCCUGGAGCUUGUAGCUCAGGUUUUGGAGGAGAAGGACAUUAGAUUUGGGAUGGUCGACUCACACAAAGAUGCAAAAGUGGCAAAGAAACUGGGCCUGGAGGAGGAGGGCAGUGUGUAUGUUUUCAAGGAUGAUCGGGUGAUCGAGUUUGACGGCUUGCUCUCGGCUAACACCCUGACGGAGUUCUUGUUGGACCUGCUGGAGGAGCCGGUGGAGGUGAUUGGAAAUGCUCUGGAGCUGAGAGCCUUUGACAGGAUGGAGGAAGACAUCCGCCUCAUUGGCUACUUCAAGAGCGAGGACUCUGAGCACUACGAAGCCUUUAAAGAAGCUGCAGAGCAGUUCCAGCCCUACAUUAAGUUCUUUGCCACUUUUGUGAAAUCUGUGGCCAAGGAGCUGACUCUAAAGAUGAACGAGGUGGAUUUCUAUGAGCCCUUCAUGGAGGAGCCGGUCACCAUCCCAGGCAAGCCUCACUCUGAGGAGGACCUGGUGGAGUUCAUAACAGAACACAGACGACCAACUCUGAGAAAGCUGCGUGCAGAGGACAUGUUCGAGACCUGGGAGGAUGAUAUCGAUGGCAUCCACAUUGUGGCUUUUGCUGAGGAGGAGGACCCCGAUGGAUACGAGUUCUUAGAGAUCCUGAAGGAGGUGGCCAGAGACAACACCCACCUACCUGAGCUCAGCAUCGUCUGGAUUGACCCUGAUGACUUUCCACUGCUUAUCCCCUACUGGGAGAAGACCUUCAAGGUGGACCUGUUCAGACCACAGAUUGGAGUCGUCAACGUUACAGAUGCCGACAGUGUGUGGAUGGAGAUGGACGAUGAGGAGGACCUGCCCACGCCCAAGGAGCUCGAGGACUGGAUCGAAGAUGUGCUCUCUGGCAAAGUCAACACAGAGGAUGAUGACGAUGACGACGACGAUGAUGACGAUGAUGAUGAUGAUGAUGACAGUGAAGAUGAUGAGGAUGAUGACAGUGAAGAUGAUGAAGAUGAGGAUGACAAUAAUGGUGAUGACAAUGAUGAGGAGGAUGAUGGUGACAGUGAGGAUGAAGAUGAAGACGAUGAUGAUGAUGAAGAUGAUGAUGACGAUGACGACGAUGAGUAAUCCAUAGCAUAAGAACAGUAAUUGUUGACUCUUCAGUUUUAACUGUGCAGCAAAACGACUUUUCACAAAUGUGUACUGAACAUGUUCCCACUAAUGACAACCAGUCUGUCAGUCUGUCUGUUGGACUUCUGUGAUGAUGUAAAUAAACCUGGAGUGGGUUUGGGGAUUUAGAAUAAAAGACUUAUAUAGUAAAAUGUCUGGUCCAGACAUUUAUCUCACCUUACACGUGACAAUUAUUUAUAUAUUUAUAUAUGUAAAUGGUUGUUGAUAAUAAAGGACUGUCGACGUCAA